CAGGCGGGGGGAGCUGGAGGACGAGGAGAGCUGCCAGCAGAACAGCAGUCCAAACCACGCGCUGCCGGGACUCCUUCUGGCGCCGUGCGCGCGAGGUGCGGAGAGAGUGGCGCGUGAUAAGUCGGACCGGUGCGGCUCCUGGAGACUUCGCCUGUGAGCACCUUCACCACCACCAUCAUCAUCAUCAACAAGUGUGACUUUUGUGUUUUAUGAGAAGACAUAACAAAGAGCCACAUUCGGAGAUAUGAAUCAGCUCACUCGGAGAUUUAAUAACUUCCCCGCGUGCUGCUUUGGAACUUUACCCUUAUUCCCUCGCGGACAUGUGAACGCGUUGCUGACUGCACUUUUUUGUUUGUUUUUUAGAAUGUUGUUUUAAUAUUUAUUUCCAGGGGUCUAACGAUGAUGCACGUGUGACAUGAGCAAACUCCAUUUCUCCAUUCCACUCCAUUUCUCUCCAACACACCUUUUCUAGCCACAGAGGCUGCAUUAAAAGUAGCUAUUGAUGCGUCCAAGGAUGAAACUCUCUCCCGUGCACAACAUGACGUGUUGAUUCCAGCCUCACCUGCCAAGCUCCCACAUCUCUGAAGCUUUCAGCAUCGCCACAAUAAACCUGAGAUUACAGGUCCCUGCUGGAAUAUGCUCAGUGAGCAGCAACAUUUUUGGAUGGGCUCUUUUGAAAUUUAUUUCAAAAGAUUAUCUGAGGCUCUAUCACAUCCAUUUUGAAGAAUUAUCUCAAGAGAGGUCCUCAUGUUGGUGUGAAUAAGCUGAUAAUUUUGAAAGCUAAUGAAGCUGCCAUCAUCGCCAUUUAAUGCCAAGAAACAGGUGAAACCAUGAUUGCUUUUGCCUGACAGGACUUGUGGGAAGUCGCUGCUGAAUAUGCAGGACUUAGUGGGGCCUGAUAUGCCCAGGAAAUUUCCUGUCUUUGAUGGCUUUGCCCUCUUAUGGGGCUUGCUCUUUGGAAUAUUCAUCACAAGUGCACCAGCGAUGGCUUGUCCCACGAGCUGUCACUGUAUAGAGAAGAGUGGCAUGACUGUGGUGCAAUGUAUGUCUCGCAACUUGGAAAACAUCCCAUCAGAUCUUCCAAGAGAUACUGUUGUUCUUCUUUUGGCAUCCAACCACAUCACCCACAUCCCCAACCACGCCUUCAGAGAGCUGCACUACCUUCAGGAGCUGGACCUGUCCAACAAUGACAUUGAAACUGUGGACCUCGGAGCAUUUCAAGGUGUUUCCGACAGCCUCCUCAUCCUGGAUCUAUCGAACAACCGUAUCCAAAGUGUCCCCAAAGAGGCAUUUGCACGUCUACGAGCAAAAAUCAGCCUCUCGAACAACCCGUGGCACUGUGAGUGCACGCUGCAGGAGGUCCUGAGGGAGCUGCGUCUGGACCCCGAGACAGUUAACGAGGUGAUCUGCCACACAGCUGUGCAGGAGGAAUACGCAGGCAAACCGGUAAUCCAGGUGCUGGACUCAGGGAUCAACUUCUGCAACUUUCAUCACAAGACCACUGAUGUAGCCAUGUUCGUCACUAUGUUCGGAUGGUUCACCAUGGUAAUCGCGUACGUCAUCUACUAUGUGAGACACAAUCAGGAGGAUGCCAGGAGGCACCUGGAGUACCUCAAGUCACUGCCCAGCAGCUCUCAGAUCAGCAAAGACUUUGACACCAUCAGCACUGUUCUCUAGCAGGGCCGUUUGCGGCUCAAGGGAUGUGGUGUGUGUGUGCGUGUGUGUCCAUAAAUAUGUGAGUAAAUGUGUGGUUAUGUACAAAAUGACAGAAACAACACAUGCAACACAUUUACACCAGUGUUUCUGAGCACAUUGUUUGAGGUAUUUCGGUGACUAAAAUGCGUCUUUUUGAUUUUUUUCAGGCCCAGAAAUGAUACCUUUUUUAAAAAAAAAAAUAAUUUCAAUACAUUUAUUCCAACUUCAUUAAAUAUGAGUAAAUCUGACUCUACAACUGGACAGGGCAACAGCGAUAGCACAAAAUACUCCUAAAACUCACGUUUCCAUGAGUGAUGAUGGAUCCAGACUGGGGAGAUAAAUGUUCUCACUCUGGUGUUGAUCCACAGUGUGAUUGAAUUUGGACUGAGAUGAAUGAGGAUGACUGUGUCCCCAGUUACUUUGUAUUGAUUGAUUUAUGUUCUUCAUGUCACACCAUCAAGGUAAGGGCCAUCUUAUGAGACUUUGGCUAACAUAUAAAAUAGGGCAAGGUGUAAAUAUUCAGUUUGCUUGACACAUGCAAAACAGCCCUGUCUCUAAUAAACCUUGAACAUGAAACUGCUGAACCAGGAAAAAAGAUUACUCUGAGAAACUGCUGCGUUGUGUCACGCUAAAGACAAAAUGUAUUCAAAAAAGGAAACAUUGCCACACUUGUAGUUCUGAUUUUUAGUACAUCCCAAUAAAGAACGUUUUAGCUGGGGAUGUCCUGAUCCAAUCUCAAAGAUUGGUAUCAGGACCCGUCAAGUAAAUUUUUAACUGAUCAGGACUGGCUAUAUUGAGUUACAUAGAGAAUCUAAUCCUUUGUUUUACACUAGCUGUCACACUGGUCUCGCUGGUGUAGAAGCUCUCAUGCAGAGACACGUGGACUGCAGCCGUCUCCAACUCCCCUGCUGUCUAUUUCUCCUCCACUCCGCUGAGCUCCCGUGUGUGUGUUAAGGCCCAAACACACCAAACUGAAGUCGUAGAACAGCAGCGUCGAGAGCCACCUGCUGCGUCCCCUCUCGUCAAGGUGUCUCAGCCAAUGCACAUGAACACACCAUACCGAUGGCCUACAAGCGUGCGUGUUCUGCGCCAGCAUGAAAAGACAUACCCCUUCAUAACCGCAGACAAUGGUCUUCUGUAGCCAGUUAACAUAUUAACAACACAAUCCGAUAAUGAAAGAACAGAGCAUAUGUACCGUGUGCUAGUGAACAAUAACACGAACCAUCAUGAAACGUCAGAAGAAGUCAGUGGCUAAAGAAAAAUAAUCUCACCUAUACAAUAUGCUGUAUCAUAUAACAAGCUCAUUUUGGUCUCACCCCCUCUUGACUUUAGCUCUUUGUUUCCAUUUGUCACUAUCGCUGAGCUGAACUGCCAAUCAGUGUGAUUUUAUUCGGCAAGGGGCUCUGCUGUACCAUUGUCCAAAAAAAGGUCAGCAAGCGAUAAGGAGAGCUAAUGGUGUGGGGCACACCGCGCAGCCGACGCUCACCUCUUGUCCAACUUUGACUGACAGCUGACCGUUGACUUGGUGUGUCAGGGCCUUAGGAGCUUAGCCCUGCCAGCAGCAAAACACGGCACACCAUAAACAUCACCAAAAAUGCAGUAUGAGACUGUUUGUUCUUGUUUUUUUCCUCAAAUUGUGUGCACUGGUUUUAUUCCAGCUCAAUCUGAGAGCAUCUUGAGUUAAAUGCACAUGGUGUUUAACCGUGGGUGGAGGAGUGUAUCAAAAGCUCCAGGAGAGAAAAGCCAAUAAGAGUAAUUCAUUAAUGUAACCUAAUCCAUGCUAAAGACAUACAGGCGAUGGAAAUAAACACUCAGUAGAAUACAGUUCAUUUAGGCAACUCAGGCAAAGGCUGCACCAAGGCAACAAAACUGCAGAAUACUCUCUUAAAGGGACAUUUCCUCGAGACAGCAAGAAGGCCAAAAAGAUAAAAGAGAGGGCUUGUAAUUUUAUAACUACUCACUUAUUUUGUAAUAAAUUAAUUAAUAAAAAGGAACAGCUUUGAUGCAGGGAUUUUUUUUAUGUGUUGCAAAAUUAUUUAAUUGUCAGGCAUAUACACUGGAUUGGUUUUAAUAACUUUAAUGUGCUUGAAGUGUGCACUGUGCCGCUGUCUUAUCUAGGAAAAUAGGAGUAUCGGAUUAGGACUCUGUAACAGCAGAAACUCAAUAUUAAAUGACUUGGAUUGGGAAUGGGGGGGGGGACUUGAUCAGGACAUCCCUAAUUUUAGCAUCUCAUGCCAAGGUUACAAAAUAAUAUUAUUAUCUAUAGUUAAUUGCCAGGUGAUAUUCCAGCACUGAAGGCUCCAGGUGAAACGUAUUUUAAGCAGGCAAGGUCUGCAUUCUGUAAUAUAUGCAGCCCAGAAGACCCAAAUAAAUGUUGGCAUUGUUUUUUCUGUGAACCACGGAUAUAUUACAUUUCUACAUUAUUACGCAGUGGAUAUGCUAAAACUUCACUGUUUUUUAUGUUUCAACAAUGCUAUGGUUAACGUGUAACCACUUGGAUAUGAUAUGGAAAAGACUGUGUUUUUGCUUUAUAAAAAUCAUUUUUGAUGGCACAAUCCUGGCUGGAAAUGCAGCGAUGUCUUGCUUAAAGACAAAGGCUUUAUGCGACAUAAUCCCAGCUGGAAACACAGCAGUGGAUCGCUUAAAAAUACACACAUUUGUGUGCUAAUAAUAUGCUGGAGACACAACAAAGGGUCGAUAAAACAACUGGUUUUGUGGUUUGCUGUUCUUGAACAGGGAUCUGCGGACAUUGUGCCAAGGUGACGCGCCAUCGCCAAUUCCCUCUACCUCUGGAUGACAAAGUCAGCUCAUUUACUGUUUCAUUUUAUAAUUGUCAAUAUGAUGAGUAUAACACACAAAUGUAACAUAUCUGUAAUUUGGAGAAAUGUAUAAUGCCAACAUUGUCUUCUGGCGACUGACUUUGUUACGUCCAACCUUGUAUCUUUCUAUCAUCAUAUAUUCAGCCCAAAGGGUUUUUUUUCCCAUUAUAAGAGAGUAUAUUUUUUACAGACGUCAAAGACAUUAAGAUUUUUUUUUUUUUUUUUACAUAUUUUCACCAUAUUUAUUAGACAUGUAUUAACGUAUUAGCAAACAGUUGCCUAUUAACACAACAGCAGCAAAAUCAUCCUGUUCUGGAAGUUGUUAGUCUAAUAAUCACCAGCUGUUUAAUUGUCUCCACCAUCUCCUGAGAAAAAUGUUACGCUGAACAUUCAACUUUUCUCGCUCGACUUCCUGCUUUAUUGUUUAGGUACAGUAGUGCACAGUGGGUGUAACAGCUUAUCCAUGCAGAGAACAGUUCCUCGCUGUGAAGGGGGUCAAUCACAGCAGCGAGACUGAACCAUAAAAUUAAGCUGGAAUCAUGCUUCUUCGAAAAUACACACAAAUGUCUGUGAAAUUACACAGAGAAGGUGUCAUGGCUACACAUCAAUCACAGGGCUGACACACACCUCAAAAAUCUCAACAACCUUCAUUUGGACCUGCACUUCAAGUGAGUUGAUUCAUCUCCCAUCAGGAGGAAGAGAUAAGAAAAAAAAAAACGCAAACAUUUGAACGACCCCUGUGCAUGUUCACCUACUUGCAGCAAGGAGGAGUAUACUUACAGCCCCACAGUGCAGGUCGUAAAAAACAAAUUAACAAGCUAUAAAAGAGGCUAUAAAUUCGCAGUUGAGAGAUAUCUCUCUGUGAUCCCUUUUACAUUACACAGUGUUUUGAUUCAGUGUCAAAGCCCUACAUGAUAACCUGAUACGAUAGCAGUAGCCUGGGAAGAAGGUUAGAAAUUGCAACUGUCAGCUUGUUGUUAUUGUUUUGUUUUUUAAAUAAUCCAUUCAUACCAAAUGAAAAAUGUACCACCUCCUGUGUAGAACCACAAAUGUCCACUGGUGUAUCAUCCAGUACACUACAGACAGAAAUUCACUUGAGCGAAAUGUUUUAUGACAUCUUGGAGGAGUCAAUGAUAGCACAGGUAAAAGUCAUCAUGAAGAACUUUAAUAUAAAGAGGACUGUCUGAUGCAGCUUUGUACUGAUCAUUUUCAGAGCAAUUUCUGGGGUCCAAAUUUCCUGUAUGUGUGAAUGUAUUUAUGUUGAAUGUCAACAUUCAGAAGUGUCAAACAGAAUAUCACUAUUUCUGUUAUUUGUGAACCACAGCUGCAAACCACUAACAGCUAAACUGACAUGCCAUUACUACAAUUGGAUUGAUUGUAGCACAAAACUGUUUGUUCUGGACACAAAUUCAUGGGUUCCUUUGUUGGUCAGGGGUUGAUUGUGUCCAAGUGCCUACUCUCUGGGACUCCUACACCAUAGCACUGUGCACUAAGUUGGACAACUGAAUGUCAUGUCCUUUCCCUGUCCGCCCUCGUCACUGCAGAGCUCAUGCUGUUUCUCAAAUCGGACACUUCAUGUUGUAGCCUUGCCUACAUGUACAUGUGCUGCUGAGUAGCCUAACAUUAGUAUUUACGAAACCAAAUUUUUACAGGAUUAACCCAGUAAACAAAUUGCUGGCUUAUAUCCAACAACAGUAUAGUGGUAGUAGCCUAUAUCUGUGCAAUGCUUUGGUGUAAAUUUGUAAUGUCUUUGUGGUCCUGCCCCUUUGGCUACAUAGGCAACAUGGUGACCACUGAGAGUGAGAAGUGUCUGACAUUGCUAACUCAACUUUUUGACCAUUAUGAGCACACCAUUCGGGUAUUUACAGUCACUGCAUUUAGCCAAAAUCCGUGAAAGCACUUAUGCUCUCAAAAUAGAAAGUACAUCCGAUUUGAGACACAGCAUUAGAGUCAGCUACAAUUUCUGCCAAGCUAUGGGGUUGGGACCUGAGUGAUCAAGGUGUUAUCAGUGAUCAGAUGGGUGGAUUUUUCCAAAAAAGGACAUGAACGAGUGCCAGAAGACAAUAACAGAAAAGUGUUUGAAAGAUAUAGUUAACAUGCUUUUCUGUGAUUGACAACUUACUGUACCUGUCCUCGUGUGAAGAUUCCCACUCAUCUAGUAGUUGAAGCAGGUUAAAAUAAACACAACAAAUUACGUGCAAUUAAUACUUGACCUACUCUAGACAGAGACUUCUUCUUAAUGUUGCAUACUGUAUGCAUCUGAGAAAAUACAAAACACAAUUGUAGGUCUCUUUGUUACAGAAGUGUUAUCUGUCUGUGCAGUUUUGACCUGUCAUAUAACAAUGUUUGUGCCGGCCAAUGUAUACAUAACUUUUACAAUCUAAAGGAAUGCAUAUGCCAUCUGUGUUGUUCUUUUGUAAAAUAUGUCUUUAGGUAAACCCAUGUCCCCAAGUGUUUGGAUGUCUUUAAGAACUUGUAUUUGUUCAGUGUCUCUUGUAGAAGAAUUGUUCUAUGAGCUGUGUAUUUCUGUGAUGGAAAUGAAAGGGCUCCAAUAAUUUUGUUUGUGAUAAUCAUAUCAAUUUUCUAUCUGUCUCAGUAAUUCCUGUGGGCUGGUUUUAUUUCAUGGAUUUUAAUGGA